AUGUCGCUCCGGCUGUUCAGGCGGUUGCUCAAGCUUUCCAACACGUUGCCGAGUGCGAAACAGCAGACUGGAUCUUUUUGGCAGAAACCUCACUUCACCACAACGAUCAAGAUGAGCUCUCUUGGCGGCGCGGGAAUCAGCACAGGUCUGUAUGCUGCAGUGAGCAAUCCGAGCCAGAUCGCUGCGCAGCCCGAGGAGGCAGCAGCCAAGGCACAUCAUCUGAAGGACGGCAAGGGAUUCACGAAUCCAUGGGACAGCUAUACUGAGCUGAGUCCUUUCCAGAUGAUAUGGGGUAUCUUUUCGCGCAAAAUCACAGGCCAAACCAACAAACCAGACACCACACCCCCCACUGUCCCUGUUCGCACGCCUACCUUUCUGUCUACUCGCCAAACGCCCAAGCUGAGAGCUACCUGGCUGGGCCAUGCGUGCUACUACGUCGAGUUCCCUGGCGGACUGCGCGUCUUGUUCGACCCCGUGUUUGAAGACUGCUGCGCGCCGAUUCAUCUCAAGAGUUUGAAGCGCUUCACGCCGCCGCCGUGCGAGCUCGAGGAUCUGCCCGCCGUGGAUAUCGUCGUCAUAAGCCACAACCACUACGACCACCUCAGCUACCCUACCAUACAGCGUCUGCAGAAGAAGUUCCCCGACGCGCACUACUUUGCGCCGCUGGGGAACAAGGUGUGGUUCGACAAGUGCGGCGUGCAGAACAUGACCGAGCUGGACUGGUGGGAGACACGCGACGUGAAGCUGGAGGCCGUGAAAGCAGACGAUAAGAGCGACCGCACGGGAUCCGUCGCGGUGAGCGAAGCCGGCGUCAAGGGCGGUAUCGCGGCGACGAUAGGCGCCCUCCCCUGCCAGCACGUCAGCGCGCGCACGCCCUUUGACAAAUGCAAGACGCUGUGGGCAAGCUGGAGCGUGGAAUCCGGCGGCUCCAAAGUGUAUUUCGCUGGCGACACAGGCUACCGCACCGUCCCCUCACUCCCCAAAGAUACGGAUGACUACGGCCCCGAAUUCGCCCACCUCCCCGUCUGCCCAGCCUUUGCGCAAAUCGGCACACACCGCGGCCCCUUCGACCUGGGCCUGAUCCCCAUCGGCGCCUACGAACCCCGCUGGCUGUUCAGCGCCAUGCACGCCAACCCCAAGGACAGCGUCAACAUCUUCGUCGAUACCAAGUGCAGCCAGGCGCUGGGCAUGCAUUGGGGGACCUGGGUCCUAACUGAGGAGGAUGUCCUUGAGCCGCCGAGGAAACUAAAAGAGGCGUUGGUCUGGAAGGGGGUGGAGGAGGGGCGGUUCGGGGUCUGCGAUAUUGGCGAGACGAGGGAGUUUGAGAGCGGGGUGUGA